AUGACUGAUAAUCAGGACACGAAGCCUGCGCGUUAUCGCUCCCAGCGAAAGGCGCCGGCGACGUCUACACCACAAACGACUACCGAUUCAGGUCUGGGUAGAAGCAGGUCUCGCUACCACCACAACCGCCAAAAUGCUGCACAAUCUCAAGAGCAACCUCUCGCCGAGGCCACAAACGAACAAACCAUUUAUCCGAGUAGAUCUCGGUCGACUCGACGUAGAUUCGAGACGGAAACUGGAGCGACUGCCGGGUCAGCCGACGACGACGAUGACCGUCAAUAUGGAAGCAUGCGUUCAUCACAUCACAAGAGCUUGGAGCAGUCAGAUUCUCCUCAUGAAGUGGAUCCAAUGGCGUACGCAAUGGCUCAGGCACCAACCCGAAUCCGCGCAAAAGCUGAGGCCUACAUACCUGAUCAGGAAGCGGGUGAUGUUUCGGCUGAAGAGACGGCUCGAUGCUUUGGAGGCCUCUUUGGUAGAAAAAAGAAGAAGAAGAACAAGGCCAACAGAGCUGCAAAGACACCGCUUGCUCCUCGCCCUGCUACCAACAAGUUGGGCGAACCUCCAACCGUCAAGCCAGGAGGAGGCGGUAUAGUUCCUAUGACAGAUGCACCAUUGUCGGCUGCAAAUGUCCAGGGUAGACGUGUCACGAUCGAGUGUAAUGGGAAAUCCAUCAAUCUCCCAGUCACACCUACCACUUCAGCCUCUGAUCUGAUAGCAUCAGCCGCCAAUAUCAUGUCCGAAAACAUCGACCUCCGAAAAUCAGUCCUUCUCGAAAACUUCCACUCAGUGGGCAUAACAAGGCCGCUGAGACGAUACGAACACGUCAAAGACGUUAUGAACUCCUGGGACGAGGACCGCGCCAACUCUCUCAUGAUUGUGCCUGAGAAUGCCAUAGAGGCCGAUCCAAUGAAUCUCAGCGCCGCAAAUGCUCCCCGUCAGAAGCCAAGAGAGUCUGCUUUCCUGUUGAUGCAUUCCUCAAAACCUGGCAGUUGGGACAAACGCCUCAUCACCAUUCAUCAAGAUGGUCAAGUCACUAUGGCCAGACCGGACAAAGAGACUGACACCACAAACAUUUGUCAUCUAACAGACUUCGACAUCUAUAACCCAACAGCUAGCCAAUUGAACAAGAAGAUAAAACCUCCAAAGAAGAUAUGCUACGCUAUCAAGAGUCAGACAAAGUCCAGCAUGUUUAUUCUUAAGGAGUCGAUUUAUGUCCACUUCUUCUGUACAUCAGAGCGCACACUUGCAACCAGUUUCUACGAUGCCGUCCAGAGCUGGCGCAGUUGGUACCUAGUCAAUGUCUUGGAAGAAGGCAAGGCGACUAAGACUCCGGAAUUGGGACGAUCGGCCAGUAAAGCGACAAAACAAUCAAAGCAAUCGUCUCAUACCCAACAACCCUCGACUGGAUCUAUGGAUGCUCACUAUCAGCUUGGCACUUUCAAACCAGCCAUGGACCUUGAGAACUUCGAGAGACCUUCCUCAUCCAGAGGUCAGGAUACCACAGCUGGAGCGUCGCUGGGUCUCAACUCUUUCAGUAACAAUGCUCCCGCUCGAAAGCCUUCAGUGCGUGAGCGCACGAGUCAUCCUGUGUCGUUAUCUAAGCAACAACAGCUAGCAGAUGAUGAGCCGCUUGUCAACCUAGCAAGCAAUAGAAGACCUUCGUUAGACAACGAGGCUGCAGAACGAGAGGCGUUUACUAGUGAAGGUCUGCUGGGCAGAAGCUACUCGACUCGCCAAAAGAUGGCUGCAGAAAAAGAGGCAGCCGCUAAGAACCCUUGGGUCACUGGUCCUUCGCUACUCAGUGGUGACCAAGCAGAAGGACUCAAUCGUCAGACCUCUGUCAAGCGCACAGGCUCAACUCGCCGCACUAAUGGCACGGAACUCAGACAUCGCCCGUCUACUCGUGAGCGCCUUAUGGCAGCCGAUGAUGGAUUGAAGCGAUCCGGCUCAACUCGUGCAAAAGAGCCAUCGAAGCCGCUAGUCGAUCUUACACCCACCUACCAACCUCCGCCUCAACACUUCAAGAAGGGCAAGGGCUUCCACCCUGACCAAGUCGGACCCGGCGGAUUAAUUGACAACGCAACAACUCCAGAUCAACCCUACUACAUUCCCCCAGCUCAAGACUGGCGUGGUGGAAGAAACCACUCUCCUGCGGCCGCCAAUGCAGGCGUCAGUCGUCAACGCUCACUCGCCCACAGACCAGGGCCCGAAACCACAGACGAAGCCUUCACCGGAAGCGGCCUCCUGAACAAUUCGCGAGGUGGCUACACUGGUAAGGCCUCCGUUGGUCGAGGUGUCAUGAGCGGCAACAGAAAUUCCCGCGAGCCCAUGCUCGAUGUAUCUGAAGAAGGCAGAUAUGUCCCUGGCAGUCUUCUUAAUCAGGUAGCUAGAGCGGAGAGAGAAGAAGGUAGAGGUGGACCGAUCAUUGAUCGCAGCAAGUAA